GCUGGCUUCUCCAUGCUGUUCAGCGUGUGUGUUUUGAACUCUAUCUUGCUGCUCUUUUCGUCUUAAACCAUGGAGAAAAAGGGCUCGAAUCCCGUUGGAAAGAAACCGAAACCCCCGAAGAUGAAAAGCGGCGAAGACCCAGUCAGAAACUUCGAGAAAUGGAAGAAAAAAUACAACCGGACGAAGAGUCGAGUGAAGCAAGAGAGGGCGCAGAAGAAGAAGCCCGAAUGGCAGGUAGAACGGGAGUACAUCGACAAGCUGGUGAGCAGGUAUGGAGACAUCGACGCCAAGGAGGUUGUCAAGUUUUCGGACUUCCCCAUAUCUAAGAAGACUCUGCUGGGCCUGCAGGAGGCUCAGUACCGGCAGCCUACGGAGAUCCAAAGGCAGACCAUCGGCUUCGCUCUGCAGGGGAAAGAUGUUCUCGGCGCGGCUAAAACUGGCUCCGGUAAGACUUUAGCCUUCCUCAUACCGGUCCUGGAGUGUCUGUACCGCCAGCAGUGGAGCGCCAUGGACGGCCUCGGUGCCCUCAUCAUCUCUCCCACCAGAGAGCUCGCCUACCAGACCUUUGAAGUCCUGCGCAAAGUGGGCAAGAACCACGAGUUCUCUGCAGGGCUCAUCAUCGGCGGGAAAGACCUAAAAAUCGAGUCUGAGAGGAUCCACCGUACCAACAUUGCUAUCUGCACCCCGGGCCGGCUGCUUCAGCAUAUGGAUGAAACAGCCACCUUCCACGCCUCCGAUCUUCACAUGCUGGUCCUGGACGAGGCAGACCGCAUCCUGGACAUGGGCUUUGCAGACACGCUUAAUGCCAUUGUGGAGAACCUCCCCAAGUCCCGGCAAACUCUGCUGUUUUCUGCCACGCAGACCAAAUCAGUCAAAGACCUGGCCCGGCUCAGUCUCAAAGACCCAGAGUAUGUGUGGGUACAUGAAAAAGCCAAGUUCAGCACACCAGCCACAUUGGAGCAGAGCUACGUUGUGUGUGAGCUCCACCAGAAGGUCAACAUGCUCUACUCCUUCAUCAGGAGCCAUUUGAAGAAGAAGAUCAUAGUCUUCUUUGCCUGCUGCAAGGAGGUGCAGUACCUGUUCCGAGUUUUCUGCCGCCUCCGGCCUGGCAUGCCCAUCCUGGCUCUGCAUGGCAAACAGCAGCAGAUGAAGAGGGUGGAGGUCUACAACGACUUCAUCAAGAAGCACAACGCUGUGCUCUUCGCUACCGACAUAGCCGCCAGAGGCCUGGACUUCCCUGCCGUCCACUGGGUGCUGCAGUUUGACUGUCCGGAGGAUGCUGACACAUACAUCCACAGGGUGGGCCGGACAGCCAGGUACAAGGAGGGCGGAGAGGCCCUGCUGCUGCUGCUGCCCUCAGAGGAGAAGGGCAUGGUGAAGCAGCUGGAGGAGAAGAAGGUUCCCAUCAAUAAGAUCCAAGUGAACCCAGACAAACUGCAGAACGUGCAGCAGAAGCUGGAGGCCUUCCUAGCCCAAGAGAAGGAGCAGAAGGAGCGAGCCCAGAGGUGUUUUGUUUCGUACUUGCGCUCCGUGUUUCUGAUGAAGAACAAAGAGGUGUUUGACGUCUUUAAGCUCCAGCUUCAUGAGUACGCUUUGUCCCUUGGCCUCGCUGUGGCUCCAAGGGUGCGAUUCCUAAAUAAGGCUCAGGCACAGAAAGUUGAGAAAGAAGUACAAAAAGAAGAGCAGGAAGAAGAAUCUGAGGAAGAAGAAGAGCUGAGAAAGUUUAAGGCUCAGCUGAAAGGAGAGGUUCCUCAUGAGGAGGGGCAAAGCUCAGAGUCAGAUGAGUCCAGUGAGGACGAGGACAGCGGUAAUGAAGAAAUUAUGGAUAAGUCCAAGACAUUAAACUUAAAUGCAGGUGGCAGUGAGGAGGAUGAUGACCUACGAGACUUGGACCUGCUGACAGUCAAAAGAAAGGAUGUUUUUAAUCUGACAGCGGACCAGCAGAGUCCAGAAGAUCCUGAAAAGGACCCUAAAAAGAAAACCGAAAGGGAGACAAAGUACAAAGAAGCUAAAAAGAUCCUCAAAAGAAAAUUUCAAGUAAACACCAAAGUGACUUUCAGUGAAGAAGGUGAGGCUGUGCAGCUGUGGCCGCCGGUCCAGCAGGGAGUGACUGCUGAAGAGGAGGGGGAGGAUGGGGAGGUUGCGGGAAUCGACGUGGAAAAGGCCAAGGAGAGGCUGAAACAAGAGGAUCAGUUUGACAAGCAGGAAUACAGCCUCAAGGUGAAAGCUAAACACAGAGAGAAGAGGCUGAAGGCGAGGGCCGCCAGGAGGGAGGCAAGCAAGCGGGACAAGAACAAAUCCGACGAGGAGGAUGAGGUGAUGGCGUACCUGGCCAAUAGCAGCGAAGACGAGUUUGACCCCAGCACCCUACCAGACCCCGACAAAGUGCACUCUUCGUCUUCAUCGUCAUCAGAGGACGAGGAUGAAACGAGGUCUGCUAAACGGCAGCACAGCAGUGAGGACAGCGAAGUGGAAGAGGAGAAGCAUACGACAGGAAAGAGGAAGAAAGUGAGGUGUGAAGAUGAUGAGCACACAGCUCUGGACACGGGCCUCUCUUUGGCCGAGGAUGAGGAGUUAGUCUUACAGCUGCUGGGUGGACGAAGGUAGAGGUGACCAUCAGAGGAGAGUUUGGGGACAGAAAUGAUUAAAUCAGUUCUAAUAAUAAAUGAGAUGGACUGAAGCUGAGUCCCUGUUUAAGACUCUGUGCUGAAUCUAGCCAAUGUUUUUCUGUACAUUUAAAAAAAAAAAAAAAAAAGUUUGCAAAUUAAUGUUAAGAACCAUAAAUUCACAUUAACUUCAUGAGGACCGAUUGAGUUAGAUAUGACAAGAAAGAACCCACAAAAUUGUGUCCAUUCCUGACUGGCUUACACAUAUACAUGUCAUUUUGUUAAGUCAGCUGUGCACUUCCUUCUGCACAGUUUGGGUAUAGUUUGGUAGAAAGAAAGUCGUUCCUACAUGAAGGUGCUUCCAAAAAAGGAGUAGCCAUGUUAUGAUUUCUGUAAAGAGGCAUCGCUGCAGAGUUUUUAAAAUUAAUUUUUGACACUUUGAGCACCACAAGUGAUAUUUAGUUCCAUUAUUUUCAAGAGAAUGUAGCCAUCUCCAUAGCUGAUAUCUCCAAAACUGGAGAAUUCACACCAAAAAUUGUGUAGAAGGCUAAAUAACACUCAAGACCAGAUGAAAGAUAUCAUAGCAAAUCUGAUUUCGGGGUGGGCUGCCCCUUUAAAACUUCUCUGGCUGAUAAACACCAACAUGUUUCAAAUCCUGUAUUUCCAGUUUGUAAUGCAAGCUUUCAGCUCUGUAAGCACACGCGCAGAGAAAUGUUCAACUGAGGAUUGAAAUCAGUGGUUCUGCUGCCCCCUAGGUGGCCUAAAUGGUCAUUACUGUCCACUGAAGUUAAAACUAGGCACUCGUGUUAUUUUGCAUUUAUAGAUAGACUGUGGAUAAUUUGUAACUUUGCAACGGAAAACCUAACAGGACUGGAGGAUGGAAGUAAAGCACAUUUUCUGGUGGCACCGGUAUGGAAAGUGUGCCCAUAUUUAGUGCUUCCGCCACAUCAGAGGGACUGAAUUAAUGAUCCAACUCUUUCUGACAAAAAAUAACUUCAUG